GACGAUUUCGAACUCGAACUCGAACUCCCCCUAUCGCUCAAAGAGGCGGACGCUAAUCGCCUUCUCGGCUUUGAGCCAUCUCCUCUUUCCUUCUUUCUUUCUGUUCGAUUUCGAGCUCCGCAAAGCGAUUCUGUUGUUAUUUUAUGAUUCUUGAUUCCCGUGUGACGUCUGCUGGUUUCCGCGAGGCUGUUCGCCACGCGAAUCUAGGGUUCCACGGAGUCGCGUCGAUCUUGUGAUCUUGAAGGUUGAAGUCGGAAUUGAUGAGUGGUUUUGUCGCCAAAUGUGGUCUUCUUUUAAUCUGAUGAGAACACUCGUUGGAUUUGCUAGCAGCCCAUUGAUUGGAUAAGAGAUGUGUUUGCUGGUCUAAUUUUGGCUUGAAUUAUGCUCCGAAUCGGUGAGGGCUCAAGUCGUUCUUCCUGAUGAAGAUAACUGAGCAGCUGUACUGGAGUCUCUUAUCUUACUCCCUGCCCAUUUGGGCCACGGCCAUUGGUGGUGUCUCGAUGCUUAUCACACUCUUCCUUUCCAUGUUCCUUCUGUUUCAACACCUUUCUGCAUACAAUAACCCGGAGGAGCAGAAGUUUCUAGUUGGUGUGAUCUUAAUGGUCCCUUGCUAUGCCAUUGAAUCCUAUGUGUCACUGGUGAAUCCAUCCAUCAGCGUCGAUUGUGAGAUUCUGCGUGAUUGUUAUGAGGCCUUUGCUAUGUAUUGCUUUGGAAGAUAUCUCGUGGCUUGCCUGGGUGGGGAAGAGAGAACAAUUGAAUUUUUGAAGAGACAGGGUGCUGCAAGUUCGAACACACCCCUAUCAAAGGAUGCUUUUGAGAAGGGAGUAAUAAAGCAUCCUUUUCCAAUGAAUUACAUUUUGAAGCCAUGGAAAUUGGGAGAGUGGUUUUACCAAAUUAUCAAGAUUGGAAUUGUGCAAUAUAUGAUAAUAAAGACUACAACUGCCAUUUUAGCUGUAUUUCUUGAAGCUUUUGGAGUAUACUGUGAUGGACAGUUUACAUGGAGUUGUGGGUACCCUUACAUGGCUGUUGUUCUCAAUUUUAGUCAAUCAUGGGCAUUAUACUGUUUAGUCCAAUUUUAUGCAGCUACAAAGGAUGAAUUAGCACAUAUGAAACCACUCGCAAAAUUCCUGAUGUUUAAAUCAAUUGUCUUUCUAACAUGGUGGCAAGAUGUGGCAAUCGCACUACUUUAUAGUUGGGGUUUGUUCAAGAGCCCCAUAGCUCAAAGUUUACAUUUCAAAUCAAGUAUGCAGGACUUCAUUAUUUGUAUAGAGAUGUGUGUUGCUUCCAUUGUGCAUCUCUAUGUUUUCCCUGCCAAGCCAUACAAGCUAAUGGGCGACUUCUUUGCUGGAGGUGUAUCAGUUCUCGGGGACUAUGCAUCUUUGGACUGCCCUUUAGACCCUGAUGAGGUCAAGGACUGUGAACGACCUACAAAACUUAGACUUCCCCAACCUGGUGUUGGUGCCAAGAAUGUAACACCUAUUAGAGAAAGUGUUCGUGACGUUGUUCUUGGCGGAGGAGAAUAUAUCGUGAAUGAUUUGAAGUUUACGGUCACCCACGCAGUCGAGCCCAUGGAGAAGGGUUUGACACGAUUCAACCAGAAGCUUCACAAGAUAUCUCAGAACAUAAGAAAGCAUGAUAAGAAGCUAAGAACCAAAGAUGAUGGUUGCAUAGGCUCAUCUUCUCCCACUAGGCGAGUUCAUGGAAUUGAUGACCCAUUAUUGGAUGGAAGUAUUAGCGACAGUGGCUCUAAAAGAGGAAGAAGACGUCGUUGGAAAUCAGGAUAUACAAGCGCAGAAAGCGGGGGAGAGAUUAGUGAUCAUGGUCAUGGCCGGCAUGAGAUCCAUGGACACAGGUGGAUCACUCGGGACUGAGGACAUCCUUUUACCAGUAAAGCACUAGUGUAUUUGGCCACCGACAUCAUUAUGUGCUUGCAGAGAUGUACAAUGUUGGUUUCAGCGGCAAGCCUAUGCAUUUUUCUUGGCCUUGUGUGGAAGAAGUCAGGCAGUUUGCAUUGCAGCGGUAAAAAGCCCAUCUGCACUCUUGGAUAUAUUCUUCUUAUGAUGAAGCAGGAAAUAUUGGUAUUUGACAAUACCUGUCCGUCAAAUUUGUUAUCUUCAUGUAUCGUCAAUAGCCAAAUCAUCAAGAUUUGAGAGCUGCUUUUCUAUUACAAAUCUCUUCUCCCCCCCCCCACCCCAACAAAAGAAGCUUUUUCAUCGGCAUUUUCAUCCUCUCAAUAAGAUCAAGCGAACUAAAUCUUUUGUUUGGUUGUCAUUUAUAAAAAUCAUUUGAUGUGAAUGAUUAUUAUUGUUAUUGUUA